UUUCAUUUCAUUUAUGAAUUUGAAAAAGAAUAUUGAAUUUUAACGAAAAAAAAAAAAAAACAAUUUCGCUACAGUCCUUCCGCAUUACCGGAUUUGAGAACACGUCCGUAAUGAGAGAGGGAUAAUGAAUUUAUGAUACACAGUGACAGCGAUGGCCGGAACGCCGCCGAAAUCCCUAUCUCCGCCGGAAUGGGACUCCCUAAUCGACGAAUACAAUCUCGACGGCGCCGCCCGCCUCCAUUUCUGGACAGGCGGCGCAUCCGUACUGGACCUCUGCCUAUCCUCCCUCCUCCGCAAAGACAUCCCUAUCCAACUCAAGCUCAACAUUCUCACUUUUAUCGAGCACCACUCGCUCGAAGAUUCGCCUCCACCGCCGCCUACCCUACUCCGCCUCCUCGACGCUCUCCGCUCCGUCAUCCAGUCCCCCAGCGACCCCUUCUCCCUCAAGGACCAAUUCCUCAUCUCCACCACCGCCGUAUUCGUCACAUCGCUGUCCGAGAGCGACGAAUUCGGCGGCGGCGCGCCGCCGCUCUGCGGCCUUGUCGAGCUGCUGUUGACUAUCAUCAAUCGCCCCAACCACGGCCUCGAUCGCCACACGCGCGGCGUCGCGUGCGAGUGUCUGCGGCAAUUGGAACUCGCUUUCCCCUGCUUGCUCUCCGAGAUCGCUCCCCAUUUGUGGUCACUAUGCCAGAGCGAGCGCACGCACGUUUCACAGUGGUACGUUUUGUUGCUGUCCACUGCUAUACUCAAUAUUGUGAAGCUGAAGCCGAGUGAGGCGAGUAUUGCGUCGAUUGGUAAUGCUACGAUCCCCUUGGUCCCGUUCAGCCUACCUCAGUUUUUAAUUGACAGAGUUGCGGCAGAUUUCGUGUGGAAGGAGAACGAGAUUUGCUACAAAGAGUUGAGGAAAGUGGUUGCAUUUUUGCUUGACUGCCCUCAGUAUCUAACUUCAUUUGGAGUGGUGGAGUUUAUGGUUGCUGUGAUUCCAUUAGCUGAAGAACUGGAACUUCAGGCUUCUUUGUUGAGAGUGCAGUUCUCAUGGCUGCUAUACACAUACAAGCCAUUGCUCUGCCACAUUUUCUUGGGAAUGUACGUGAAGUUUUUGGAUUCAUUUGAUGGACAAGAUUUUGAAGUAGUUUCAAGAUUGUUGUUAUUGUCGAAAGAAUCCCAUCAUCAUUUGGGUUUUCGGCUGUUGGCACUUCACUGGAUGUUGGGCUUCUUUGCUUUGACUGUUGGCGAGGACGAGGGAAAAAAGAGAAGCAUACUUGAUAUGAGCUUAAGGUUUUAUCCUACGAUAUUCGAUCCGCUGGCUAUGAAAGCCUUGAAGCUUGACUUGCUUGCGUAUUGCUCUAGAUUGCUCUCUAAUCUUGGAGAUGCAAAUGUUAUCAAGGGUGUGGAGGUGGAUAAGGAGGUGUAUGAAGUCAAGCUGUUCAAAGAUGGCCUUCUUGCAGUAUCAUCUUUUAAAUGGCUGCCCCCGUGGAACACGGAAACUGCAGUGGCAUUUCGCACCUUCCAUAAGUUUCUGAUCGGUGGAUCACCACAUUCUGACAGUGCUACUUCUUCCAUUGCUGCUCUUAUUGAGUCUAACAUCUUUGACGCCUUACAGAAGAGGCUGGUGGACUCAACUUCAGAAUUUAAGGGAUUGGUUCCAGUAGUUGUUGCAUGCAUUGAUCGGUUGUUAGGAUGCCACAAACACCGCUGGUUGGGAGAGCAUCUCCUCAAAACAUUAGAUAAACAUCUGCUUCCAAAACUAAAAAUAGACUAUAACCUGGGAUCUUACUUCCCCAUAUUUGAGAGAAUUUCUGAAAAUGACCAAGUCUCACCUAGUGGGCUGUUAAACCUUCUCUUGAGAUUCAUGGUUUUUCUUGUAGAGAAACAUGGUCCUGAUAAUGGUUUGAGAUCUUGGCAUCAUGGCAGUAAAAUUCUUGGCAUUUGUAGAACAAUGCUGGUCCACCAUCACAGCUCCAGCUUGUUUACUGGAUUAUCUCAUCUUCUGGUCUCUAUUUGUCUUUUCUUUCCUGAUCUGGAGGUUCGUGACAGUGCAAGAUUUUACCUGCGAAUGCUUAUUGGUAUACCAGGAAAGAAGCUCAAGCACAUCCUGAAUACAGGGGAACAUUUACCUGGGCUAUCUCCAUCUACUCAUUCUGGCUCAUUCUUUAGUCUUCAGUCCCCUUCAACUUUCCCUGAUCUUAAGAAGUCUAGCAGUAUUGCUUCUUGUAUCCACAUUGAACGUGCAACGUCAUUACUAGUGAAGCAGUCAUGGUCCUUGUCACUGCCUAAUUUUGGCACCAAUCCUGAUGUACCUGGUCUUUUUGAAGGCAUCAGGGAUAAUGAACCCGCAGGCGAGGAACAGGUCCUUGAGAUAACUAUGAGUGGUGAUGCUAUCUUAGAGAAUGAUUUACCUCAUCAACAGAAGGGCCUUUUAUGUGUGAUGGAUGCAAAAAAUUCUGAGAUUGUCAAUGAACUGAGAAGACAUUUUUUAUCUAUUCCUGAUUAUAGACAUAUGCCAGGGCUCAAGAUUCAGAUAUCCUGUAAUUUGAGAUUUGACUCAGAGCCAUUGGUUGAUGAAGUGGAGAAAAAUACAGCAGCUAAUGCAUUUGACAGAGAUGACCAACUUCCUGCGCUAUAUGCUACAGUGCUUAAAUUCACUUCGUCCGCACCAUAUGGACCUAUUUCCUCAUUUCAUAUUCCUUUCCUUCUUGGCUCACCACCUAAAACUGACAAACUUUUGAGCCAAGCUGAUUCAUUAGCUAUUGUUUCUGCGGAGAAUGGCCAUGAAGAAGAAGAAAACUUCAAAGCUCCUGUGUGUAUAGAGUUGGAGCCACGAGAACCAAUGCCUGGCCUGGUUGAUGUUUUCAUUGAAACUAAUGCAGACAAUGGUCAGGUAAUCAAAGGACAGCUUCAUAGCAUUUCAGUAGGGAUUGAGGAUAUGUUCCUCAGAGCAAUUGUUCCAGAUGACAUUGCUGAAGAUGAUGUAUCUAGUUAUUAUGUGAAUCUAUUCAAUGCAUUAUGGGAGGCCUGCGAGACAGCAUCUAGCACCGGUAGAGAAACCUUUGCCCUGAAAGGAGGAAGAGGUGUUGCUGCUAUAAGCGGGACGCGAUCAGUAAAACUUCUUGAAGUUCCAGCGACAACUUUGGUUCGAGCUAUUGAACGACACCUGGCACCUUUUGUUGUUUGUGUCAUUGGUGAACCACUUGUUGACAUGGUGAAAGCUGGAGGUGUGAUCAAGGACGUUAUAUGGAAGGAUUCCAGUUCAGAUUCUUCAUUAGAUAUUACUAGUUCACCAACUAGUGCUCGAGGGGCUCUUUAUCUUAAGUACUUUGGUGAUGAAGAAGACGAUGGAGGGACUCAAAUUACAACUAGUAGACAAAACAUUGGUUACUGUCACAUUUUAAUAUUUCUUCCACCAAGAUUCCAUCUCCUAUUUCAACUGGAGAUUCAUGAUUUUUCAACUCUGGUCCGGAUUAGAACUGAUCAUUGGCCAUGCCUAGCUUAUGUUGAUGACUAUUUGGAAGCUUUAUUUUUGGACUGAAGCUUUAUUCACAACCUUCAAGUGGAUUAUGUUUUGAUGACGCUCUUCCGGACUUGACUUCAAAUUCUUUUAUUCUUGUUUACUCAAAAAUAAGGCAUUGUUGAGAAUGGUGUAUGAAACAGCGUUGUCAAGAACACAGCAAUGGGUGUGCAUGAAUUCUUAGUAUUGGAGAAAUAUAUCUUGGUUGAAGCCACAAUUCGUAUCCAGUAACUGAAGACGGCUUAGAGAGAGCUCCUUGAUACCUUACAUACGAGCUUUUGGAGUAUUCAAGAAAACCAACUCGGCCCACAUGUUAAUGUCGGCUUGCUUCUUCACCAAAACGGCAAGUUAGAUAUUCAAUCUGUGGUUUUCUCCUACAGUGAGAGAUGCAGGAAGGCGAGACAGUGGGAACGAAAAAGAGGCAUUGACCUGACAAGAUGAUGGCAUGAGACGAGCACGACGGAAGUGAAUGUGGCCUUUGGACAGAAGAUGGAGCUCAAUCUCUGUAUUCAGAUGUAAGCCCUUUUCCCAUUCGGCCUGAACAAUAUCCGGCGAGUUCCAGUAGAUUUUCGAUUUUUUUUGCCUUUUCUUUUGGCGGAAACUAUUUACACUGUAUUUUCUUACACAAAUGUGUUUCGUGUGUAUUAGUAGGUAGUAUAGUAGAAGCGUAGAAGUGGCGUUUAGCUCUAAUAAAGUAAUGUUCUUUCCAACACUGUCAGUAUACUAUUUGUAUAGAUAAUAGUAUUGUUUUGUUACGUGACCAAUUACUUUUCA